GAUGAACAAACAUCCAUACAUACAAACUAUAGCGUUUAUAAUAUAAAAUAUAUAGCCUAAUAUUGUGAAUGGUUAUCUUUACAUUUCCUUUCAAGUAGAUUGAACUUGUUCCGCUUGAGAGGCAAUAAUGAGCAGAUUUGCGAUACUGCCCUGGUACAGCCAUGAAAGACAUAGGUACUUUUCCUGUUGUCAGGUUCCAAUACUAGGUACUCUCGUUGUACCAUCCUCAUGAUUACCACUGCCUCCUUGGUACUUCAGUUAUAAUCACGGCGGUACAACGUACGCCGGCUCCGCUGCUGCGCUGGAAUCUAGUUCAUAAAUGAUCUGAUAUCUGACUGGUGUCUGGUUCAUGCCGUAUUAGUAAGGACACAACUCAAUUACUUACUUUUAUAUGAUAUUUAAUUCAAUGUUGGAUGCGGGUUUUCUUACCUAUUGUCAAAGACCAAUAUGAAGCUACAGUUCAAUGUCAUACUUGUUAACGCAUGGAUUUACAUGGUGGAGGACCUAGAUGGGUAAUAUACUCAAAAUCAAAUAGCUACAUUAUCUAGCCGCAAUAUAAUAUAUUCGUAGCCAUAACUUAUGUUGCUAUGAUACACAGAACUCUCCGUCCAGAAUCCAGACAUCAGGCACGUCCGUACGUCUCUGACGAUGCUGGUCCCCUUGUCACUACUCAGUACUCAUGAGUCCUUGACAUCCAACACGUAACAAACACACUAUUGCUAUUUUUGGUAAUGUAAAAUAUUCAACGAUAGCUUCAUGAAUAGAUAAUGCUCCAAGUUGAGAGUCAUAACUCAUAAGUGCCGCGUUUAGUUCUCACCAUUGUUCAUAAUCAUAACAUCGUUUGCGUUUUGAAAUGUCGACGUCGUCCUCACGUUUCAUUUGGACGAAUGCUUGAAUUUUGUAGAAUAGGGCAGUGCUCAUAUUGCUGUCAUAGUCUUGGUGGUAUUUGUGGCAAUUUAUGUGAAUAUUUAGAUUUGAUUUGACACUUAAAAUAUUCAUCGGGUCUUAUAGGAUAACUUCUAUAUCGCAGGAAAUUGUCUCAAUUCUAUUAAAUCGUAUUUUUUUCUACUUCGUUGUAUUAUCUGGCAUUGGAUUUUUCAUAUCAGGAUGUUUUAUCAAUACGAGCUUUGCGUUCUAUUAAAUACGUCAUGUAAGUGAACGUAACGUAUCGAUAAUGAUUGGAAUGAGAUUGUAUAGCACUUCCAGCCACAACUAGGUAUUUCACACAAUUAUUGAAGCUAUGCGUGCAACGUUGAUUCAUGCCUUCAAACUUAAUUUUGUGGCAAUGUGAGGUAGUGCAUGAACCUACUAUUUAGGAAACGACUUAAUAGGCCUUAUGAUAGGUAACCAUACACAAAUAUUUGUGGAACCGCCUGGACAAAAACAUGCAUUAUAAACAGAUACUUAAUGUGAAUUACCAAUUUAUUACAUUUUACCAGAUCAUUAGUUUUUUAGUCCUUCAUUUAUUCUAAUCACAUUAUAAUGCAGAACUAAGUAAUAAUAAUUUAAAGGUAAAAUAGUUAUCGGCAUGUGGUCAGGGGUAAUUGGUUGCAGUAAUAAUGACAUCGUUAUAAAGCUGCUGCUCAAACUAAAGUGGGUCUGCUAUAAACCUUCAUACAUGUACUACAUAUUAUAAGUAGUUCACUUUCCGGUAAGACUGGUCAACAGGUAUCGAGCUGAUGAAUCGUGGUAAGUUCAAGUUAUCGUGCAAUCAAUGGUCUCUUUUAAUAACUCCAAGUUUGAGUGAUGAUAGAUAAAUGUUGUUGUAACGUGCGCAGGUGUACGCGUCGCCGAGUCGCCGCAAGAUGGACACGAAGGGGGAGGGCGAGGAGAUGACUUAUCCCCACAUCUGCUUCAUGGUGGACAACUUCGACGAGGUGUUCUGCGACAUCGUGGUGCGCGAUGGGGAGAUGGUGUGCGUGGAGCUGGUGGCGCGCGGCCGCGGCUGCGCGGCGCAGGCCGUCAUCUUCCUCGGCUCCAUACGCUACGAUAUUCUCACCAGGGUCUACGACUCCAGGCAAACGUCUCUGUCGACGAAGGUGGCGCAGCGCAUGUCAUUCGGUCUGCUGGGCGGCAAGACGGCGGCGCGCUGCGAGUUCGUGCGCAUGAAGGGCCCGAGCGGCAAGGGCCACGCCGAGAUGGCGGUGUCGCGGCCGCACGGCGCCGGGCUCGACACGCCCAGCUCCGAGCCCGGCCUGGCCGCCACCGACAUGUGGGACUCCGACUGGGAGGACGACCCCGAGGACAUGCUCGUCUACAGGCACCAGCGGCGGCUAAGCGACCCUAGCGCCAACAUCCAUAACUUCGUGCGCGGCGGGUGGCGCACGCGCGACCCGCGCGAGCCGCGCGACAAGAGCCGCUCCGAGAACGAGGGCCUGGACGCGCUCGGCAGCGGCCUGGCGGAGGUGGAGGCGGGGGACCUGCGCGACGAGCUGGACGACGGCGCGUACAACCCGCUGUGGGCGAUGCGCGGCUUCACGCAGACCUUCCACUUGUGGAAGGAGGGAAAGCGCGCGCAGUCCACGCCGCUCAACGCGUACCUCACGUACGUCACGCUGCCCUGGUGGACCAUAGCGAAAGACAUCCUCGACCACCGCGAGGAGCCGGUACUGACGUUCUGAAGGCUGCCGCCGCUGAUCGAACCCGACUCACUUCUCCACUGCACUAUUAACUACGACCCGAAAACGAUACCCGUUGAGACGACACCGUAAGUUUUAUAAUAGCUGUCCAAGACAGGUUUAUAUAAAUGUAAUUAUAUGAUAAUAUAUAACUCUUCGAUAUGUUCCAUGCAAAUAGUGCUCAUUGUGUUACUUGCCAGCGACUUGCCCGCUUAUCAUGAACUCUUGAACUAGGAGCUGACCUGUUGCCUUGUGGAAGCGGGUCGCAGUUUUGCUCAGACUAGAACGCUGUCCCACUUCCACAAUAACAAGAUGUCGAUGGUUUAAGAGCUCAUAGUACAGGCACUCACUCGAUUCCCACAGUAACGUACUAUUUUUGGUUCAACGUUGUGUAUUUUGAGCUAAAUUUAGGUAUAUUUUGAUUGUUUUAUGAAGGGAUCAAGAACAGUUGUUAAAUAGUUAGUUUCUGUAAUAAGCUGACAAACCGAAGCACAUUAUAUGGUAAUGUUGUGUCGCAGGGAAUGCCCAUUGCCCAUGCCUUAUAUUCGUGGCAUCUCUGGAGUAUUUGAGUGUUGUAUGUCGUGGUGAUCGCUUCAGAGCUUGCGUUGCCAUUCUGCGAUAAUUUGUGACCGCCUUCACGAAUAAUUGAAGCAAAACUAACCCUCUUGCACACGGGUAAAAAUAUAAACAGACACAGGCACCCCAACCUUAAUGUAUCCGCUGUCUGUUUGUCCGAAUAGAUUAAGCUAUUUCCGUAUCUGUCUUUAUCGCCGUAUCAGCAAAUAAUGCAAGACCACAUUUGUUCCCUUUAAAGAGCUUUCUAAUUUUUAAAGAAGUUGACACACACGUAAAGAGUGAUUUUCGUAAGAGCGACUUUUUAUAAUCUGUGUAAAAUGGCAGCACGCCUCCGCGACUUAAAAUUUUGUUUAUUGUUCAAGAGCAAGCAGUAUUUUAUCAUAUCUUGAUUUAUUUCGAUUCAGUAAAUCGGCGUAAAAUAGAAAUUGACUUUAAACUGAAUCGUUAUCGUGAUUUCCGCUACUUUUUGUUCAUUUAAGUGUUUUGUCAUUUUUUCUCUUUUAACUGAUCAUGUACCAGGUGGUAAUAAUUGCAAUACCUAAAUUUCAAGCCGAUUUAAGUAGGUA